UAGACCGAGGACUCUCUCUAUCUCUCUCUCUCUCUCUCUUCCUGUUUCUCUUCUCCUUCCCCAAACCAACGAUUUUUUCAUUUUCAACGUCCCUUCUUUCUCUGAAGCAUCCCGGAAACCAUUGAUUUCUUGCUUCUCACCCCAGUCUCGUACCCCCGAGAGUCCUCUCUCUCUCUCUCUCUCUCUCUCUAUAUAUAUAUAUGUGUGUGUAUAUACAGACGCGCCGAGGCAGAUAGCUCAUCAUCUCCACCGGCCUGCUGCUCCUUGAGCUUGCAAACUUGGAUAACAAAGGAAGCAGCAUCUGAUAAAAUCUGAAAGGAAAGGCAUAACUUGUUCGCUUUCAUUUGUUUGCUGCAAGCACUUCAAUUUACGGUACAAGUCCUUACACUAAAAUUUUCAAACUUUUGUCAUAAACCCCCAUGAGCAAUCUGAAGCUAGGGGUGGAGGUCGUGAGUGCCCACAACCUACUGCCCAAAGAUGGGCAGGGCUCAUCUAGUGCCUUUGUUGAGCUUCGCUUUGAUGGUCAGAAGUUCCGCACAACUAUCAAAGAGAAAGAUCUUGAUCCCGUUUGGAAUGAGACAUUCUAUUUCAAUAUCUCGGAUCCAAACAACUUAUCUAACCUCAUCCUUGAGGCCUAUGUAUACAACAAUACAAAGGCAAACCGUUCGAAAUCCUUCCUUGGUAAGGUUAGGAUCGCUGGGACAUCAUUUGUGCCAUACUCUGAUGCUGUUCGUUUGCAUUACCCUUUAGAAGGAGGGAUUUUUUCUCGUUCAAGAGGUGAGCUUGGCUUGAAGGUUUUUAUAACUGAUGAUCCUUCCAUUAGAUCUUCAAAUCCACUUCCUGCAAUGGACUCUUCUGUGUCUGCGGAUACAUUGUCAACCAAAUCACCUGCAACUGAUCCCAAAUUUGUCUCAGAUGAGUCUAGACACACAUUUCAUCAUCUGCCAAACACUAGCCACCAGCAACAUCAUUCUACACCUGUGGCCCAACAGCAAGUGCAAUAUGGGGUUGAUGAGAUGAGAGCUGGACCACAGGUUCCUAAAGUUGUGCGCAUGUACUCUGGUUCACCAUCACAGCCAGUUGACUAUGCACUUAAAGAGACGAGUCCUUUCCUUGGAGGUGGUCAAAUUGUUGGUGGCCGAGUUAUACGUGCAGACAGGCCAGCUAGCACUUACGAUCUUGUGGAACCUAUGCAGUUCCUUUUUGUUCGAAUCGUCAAAGCACGUAAUCUUCCUUCCAUGGAUAUUACUGGAAGUCUUGAUCCUUAUGUUGAAGUCAGAGUUGGGAACUAUAAAGGAAUCACAAAGCACCAUGAGAAAAAGCAGAACCCAGAGUGGAAUACGGUGUUUGCCUUUUCCAAAGAAAGAAUGCAGUCUUCAGUCUUGGAAGUAGCAGUUAAGGAUAAAGACAUGGUGAAAGAUGACUUUGUUGGGAUGAUUCGGUUUGAUCUCAAUGAGGUCCCAACACGAGUCCCUCCAGAUAGUCCAUUAGCUCCAGAAUGGCAUUGGCUUGAGGACAAGAAAGGAGAGAAAAAGAAAGGGGAACUUAUGGUUGCAGUUUGGAUUGGCACACAAGCUGAUGAGGCUUUUCCUGAUGCUUGGCAUUCAGAUGCAGCCUCUCCUGUUGAUAGCUCGGUCGCCUCCACGUAUAUCCGUUCAAAAGUAUAUCAUUCCCCAAGAUUAUGGUAUGUCCGGGUUAAUGUAAUCGAGGCACAAGACCUAGUUGUGACAGAAAGAACUCGGUUUCCUGAUGUAUAUGUCAAGGCAGUGAUUGGUAACCAACUUGUGAAGACAAAACCAAUUCAAGCUCCGAAGAUGAAUGCACUCUGGAAUGAGGAUCUCAUGUUUGUUGCCGCUGAACCCUUUGAGGAACAUCUAAUUCUUACAGUUGAAGACCGCAUUGGACCCAACAAAGAUGAGGUCCUUGGGAAGGCCAUUAUACCAUUGAACACUGUGGAAAGGCGUGCCGAUGAUCGAAUUGUUCACUCUCAAUGGUACAACCUCCAGAAACCAAGCUCGGACGAUGUGGAACCGACUAAGAAAGACAAGGGUAAGUUUGCUAGCAAGCUUCAUCUCCGAAUCUGCCUUGACGGGGGUUACCACGUGCUUGAUGAAUCUACUCAGUACAGCAGUGAUCUCCGGCCUACCGCAAAGCAGCUCUGGAAGUCAUCAAUCGGUAUAUUGGAGCUCGGCAUCUUAAAUGCAGACGCGCUCAACCCCACGAAAGCAAGAGAUGGGAGGGGUACAGCAGACACAUACUGUGUAGCAAAGUACGGUCACAAAUGGGUUCGAACCAGAACAAUCAUAGACAGUUUAAACCCGAAAUACAACGAGCAGUACACUUGGGAGGUUUUCGAUCCAGCCACAGUCCUCACUGUGGGUGUUUUCGAUAGCAGCCAGCUUGGUGAGAAGGGCUCAAAUGGUGGUAACAGGGACAUGAGGAUUGGAAAGGUUCGUAUCCGAAUCUCGACUCUUGAAACUGGCCGUGUAUACACACAUUCUUAUCCGUUGCUAGUCCUUCACCCUUCUGGCGUAAAGAAGAUGGGAGAAUUGCAUCUAGCAAUCAGGUUUUCAUGCGCAUCCAUGAUGAACAUGAUGUUUCUGUACUCGCGACCCCUGUUGCCAAAGAUGCACUAUGUUCGGCCAUUAACCAUGGCGCAGCUUGAGAUGCUGCGCCACCAAGCCGUGAACAUAGUCGCCGCCCGACUCAGCAGAUCAGAGCCGCCUCUGAGGAAGGAGGUAGUUGAAUACAUGACCGAUGCACAUUCACAUCUCUGGAGCAUGAGGCGUAGCAAGGCAAACUUUUUCCGGCUGAUGACCGUUUUCAAUGGAUUGUUCGCUGUCGGUAAAUGGUUUGGAGAAGUUUGCAUGUGGAGGAACCCCAUCACGACGGCCCUGGUACACGUCCUCUUCGUGAUGCUAGUCUGUUUCCCGGAACUCAUCUUGCCGACGGUGUUCCUUUACAUGUUCCUAAUAGGUCUCUGGAACUACCGGUACCGGCCGAAGUACCCCCCUCACAUGAACAUGCGGAUUUCCUAUGCUGAUGGCGUGCCCCCCGAUGAGCUAGACGAGGAAUUCGACUCAUUUCCCACAUCCCGAGCUCCAGAUCUGGUUCGAAUGAGGUAUGAUCGACUCAGGAGUGUAGCAGGCAGGAUCCAGACUGUGGUGGGCGACGUCGCCACCCAAGGCGAGCGAGUUCUGGCGCUGUUGAGCUGGCGUGAUCCACGCGCCACCACCAUUUUUGUGAUGUUCUGCCUCGUCGCUGCCAUCGUGUUGUACGCCACUCCUUUCCAGGUAGUAGCUGUCAUCGCCGGCUUCUAUGUCAUGAGGCAUCCCAGGUUUCGACACAAGCUGCCCGCUGCUCCACUCAACUUCUUUCGCCGGCUUCCGGCCAGGACCGAUAGCAUGCUGUAAAUGUCUUGUUUGGUGUGGCUCUCUUGCAAAUUCCCAUCUUCCAUUACAUCAAAGAACUCUGUUUUGCCUAAGUUUCCUGUAAAUUUUUGGUACAUUUCUUGUCAUCCAUGUAUGCAUGCUGGUCCCUGCAACUAUUCUCAUCCUUGUGAACUACAAAUUGUGUUAUAUAUAUAUGUGUGUGUGUGUGUGUGUGUAUGCAUAGUUUGUCUUCAGCAA